AUGGAGCGAUCCCCGAAACUGCAAGUGAUGUCAUCUAUAAACUUGGACGGGAACGGACGAGAAAUUGCCAGAACUUUUAUUGCAAAGCAGAUUUAUAGGGACGACUCAGGAAACACACCCGUGAACGCUUUCUCUGUUAAAAUAAAUAGGGAUGAGCCUAUUAGUGAGCUCAAAAAAGUUAUCAAGGUGGAGAAGCAGAAUGAUUUCGCCAAUGUUGACGCCGACAAACUCAAGCUGUGGAAGGUAGAAAUUCCUGACGAUCACGAUUCCGAAUUAGCCAACCCCCCAUUAGAUGACGAACUCCUUGCAAUGAAAAAGAUUUCGAAAUACUUUCCUGUCACGCCAGCCGAAGAAUGUAUUCAUGUUAUAGUCGAACCACUCGUAUCAACCACCACUUCGAGUCGUGAGCAGGAAUUACUUGACCGCAUCGCAUCGUUGGAGGCAUCGAUUAACAAGUCCGUCCAUGAGUUCGACGUUAUCGUGAGUCCAAAGCGGACGAAGAGAUUCAAGUGGACGGUGAAUAUCGAGCAUGCAACUCUCGAAGCUCUCAAAGAUUCUAUACGUGCUGUGUAUCAAACACCAGCUCUUGAAAAUGAUGGAGCGGUAUUCAACGUUAAUAACCUCAAGUUUACCGUGUUCAUAGAGACCCCCUCAAAGGCAUUCUCGGAUUGGACAUUCCCAAAAGUAUCUGAGCUGGAUGCUCGUCUCAAGACCAUUCCAAUCAGUGGAAAUGAAGCAUCAAAAUUGCAAUAUGUUUGUUCGUACCUUGUCGGUAAGUUUGAGCUUCGACCAGAGAAAAACAUAACAGGGCCCAAUGGUCACGGGCCAGUCGAUUUCGCAAUAGAUUUGCUCAAAACCGCAAAAAGUGUUGGCGUGACUGAAGUAAAAGACGAAGAUUUUUAUAAGGGCAUUGCUCAGAAUGCUGUUCAACUCGAGUCCGCUUUAUCAAACCGUAAGCGUAAGGCCAGCGAGAUAGAGGAAGGUGUGUUUGUGGGUAAGGUGUUCGGAAUUGUGACGGAUGCAAAAGAAUGGUAUUUUUUGGAAUGUUCGUUCGAUAAUCUAGAAAGGCCCAAAUUCAAACUAUCAAAACCAGUAGUCGUAGUGUAUAACAGUGAUGAUACGGAGGGUAUGGUUGAAAGGGUUCUAGGACAUAUUGCUUGGUUAUUAGAGGAGGCACAGAAACCGGUGGAAGAUUUACAGAGCGAUGGGCAACUGAGGGUAGUAAAAAAGCACAGGUCAUCGAGUAAUCUCGUAGAAGAGUCGGGUUAG